ACCCCAGUGACCUGCCUUGUCUAGAGGACAGAGCCGAAGAUGCAGAGCCUGCUCCUGACUGUCACACUGUUGGUCCUGGUGGCUGUCCUACAAGCUCAGGAUGACCUGCCCUUCCUCUCAGAAGAAAAGAAACUCUCAGGUGUCUGGUUCGUGAAGGCUAUAGUGAAUGAAAGAAACCUGACAGAGCUGGGGAGACCUCUGGUUCUGUUCCCUUAUACACUGUCAUGUCUGGAACAAGGAACUUUGGAGGUCAAGACUACGGUCAUGUAUGAGGGCCAGUGCAUUAAGACAAUAAUGCAUAUGCAGAGAACAGAGAAGCCUGGUCAAUACAGCUCCUUUUCCGGCUAUAAGUUCUUCUACAUCUAUGAGCUGCCAGUGAAGGACCACUACAUCAUAUACAUAGAAACUCUUUUGCAUGAGAAAAAAUUCCUUUCAGGACAUCUGAUAGGGAAGUGCCCCAAAGAAAAUAUGGAGGCCCUGGAAGAGUUUAAGAAAUUCACGCAGCACAAAGGACUUCUCCAAGAAAACAUUAUUGUGCCUCAGCAGAGGGAACAUUGUGUUCCCAAACAUGGCCGUGCCCGCCAGGACCACAAAUGCUGAGCUAUCUUUGCCACUAGUACAUGGCAGUGACCUGACUGGACAACUCUCUCCUGGACCACUGUAUACUGAGUUGCAUUUCCCCGACCUGAGAUUUACUCCUUCCUUGAUUGUUACUCCCCACUGGACCACCAUCCUGCUUUAGCUUUCAACCCCUCUCUGCCCAUCUGAAUCCAAUAAAGAG